AACUAAACGGAAGUUGGCAGUCAGCUGACAAGGACACAUGAUUCUUUCAGGAACAUCGGCUGUCAGAAAUAUCACGACGAAACCUUUUUGAGAAAUUGUACUCGGGGCGCUUAUUGCACGGAUUAUGGCGGGACGAGGAAAGCUAAUUGCCGUCAUUGGUGACGAAGAUACCUGCACUGGCUUUCUACUUGGUGGUAUUGGUGAACUAAACAAAAAUCGAAAGCCUAAUUUCUUAGUUGUCGAGAAGGACACCAGCAUCACCGAGAUAGAGGAGACAUUCAAGAGUUUCCUUGCUCGCAACGACAUUGGGAUCAUCCUCAUCAACCAGUUUGUUGCCGAGAUGAUCCGUCAUGCAAUCGACCAGCACAUGGAGUCAAUCCCAGCUGUUUUGGAGAUCCCCUCCAAAGAGCACCCUUACGACGCAUCCAAAGAUUCCAUCCUGCGCAGAGCCAAGGGUAUGUUCUCUGCGGAGGACUUCCGAUAAACUCCAAAUCUUCUGGUCCAGAGGCAGUGGCUAAAGGCAAUGGGUGGGGUGUCGCAUUGAGAUAUGCAGCACACGACAUCCUGAAUCUGUGCUGCACGAGCUGUGUAAAUUUGCUUCACUUCAUCUUGUAAUGUCUUAACUCCACUCUGUUUAAGUAAUGUGAAGAAGGUCUGUUGUAGUUCUAGGAAUCCACUUUCUCCCCCAUAUUUGUAUGCCCAGCGGAUGAUGAGUGUUGGUUAUUGUGCAACAUAAUUUAUGGGAAAAUUGAAAACAUCUUCUGUGUACUUUGUUUUUGUCAUCUUAAGAGUGCGGUGAUGGUAGACCCUCUUCUUGUUCAUUCAUUUUUGUCUUGAUGUAGAUUCAUGUGGAUGUAUAUGAAGUAAUUUAAUUUAUUUACGUGUAUUCUGAUCGUUACUUGUUUUCAAUAACAAUGGUGUGAGUUUUAUUUCGCUUUGUGUAUUUGUGUUUUUCUUUUUCUUCCUUUUUUGUUUUGAUUGACUAAUGUAAAAAUACAAAGUACAUUUGGUCCACGGCCCACGACUACACUAUGACUUGCUACAUUUCCAUUGACUCACACCUUCCACAAUGAUAUGUAGGGUUUAGUCAUCAGUCAAGUGACUGAAUGACUGUCUUUCUCUUGACUGAAAUAUGGCACUUUUAACAUUUCCCAUACCAAAUAUUCAUGUCUACAUACUGGAAUAGUCCCAUAAUUUCCCGUUUUCAGUUUAAUAUUGAAAAUGAUGGUUGUAAAUGUAUAUUUGGUGUUGAAAUCUAACAUAAAAAGAUUGAAUAAAUUACUAUGGCAUGCCCA